CCGCUUGUUUUAACCGGUCAAUGGGUUACAUCGAGGGACACGUAUUUCAACGUAGAUUUCGAUCAGUAAGGUAGCGUCCGCCUGCAGAGUGUCCAAAAAGAAUGCCAACUGCAGCUCCUUCUUCGUCUAAAUCUGCAGCUGCUUCAUCAAGAGGGUCUGCUGGUGGCGUUCGUCAACGAAAGGGACCAACAUCAUCAGCAAGGAGACCAGUUGCGCCAACUGCACAGAAAAAUCCUGUCUUCCUGUUCUAUUCAGAAGACUCUCCUGGCAUUAAAGUUGGACCUGUACCAGUGCUAGUCAUGAGUCUAUGCUUCAUUGUUUCUGUCUUUCUUUUACACUUCUGGGGUAAAUAUACCCGCAGUGCUUGAUCAGUUUUGCUUUAUUAUUACUUAUUUUGUAAUUAUGUUGGUGGACAGUUAUGUACAUACAUAACUAAUAAAAUCAGUCAAAUAACUUUGAUGAAAU